GGUCUGCCCCCAUCCAUUCUUUUUUUUUGAAAAAUAAAAAAAAAUGUAUUCACCUACGCAGCAAGAAUUCAAUUUAGACUCUGAUUCUUUCCAACAUGCCAUGACGUCGCAACAUACAACAGUAGGCGCUAUGCCUGUACGAGGUUCACAACAACAACAACAACAACAACGUAAUAGCGGGGUGUUCAAUCACCAAGCCUCGUAUCACCAUCAUCCCCACCAACGACAAAGUAGUUUUGGUACUGCUGCUUCUAUUGCAAUGAGUCCACCAAGAGGGAUACCUUUUAAUACAGUUGAUCCUACGGCUUCAAACUGGUUUGGUACAAGCUUGGACUCUAGCUCAUCUUUUGGUCAAUCCCCUCCAACUAUGUUUGCCACAGGUGGUGGUCGAAACGACUUGAUUGUGUCUCCUUCAAACUCUACUAGUCAUUUGGAUGGUUUUGUAGGCAAUGAAGACGAUGAAGUACAACAGAGGAAUUUACAAGAAAUGUUUGAAAAACGAAGAAGACGAAGAGAAUCACAUAAUGCAGUGGAACGUAGAAGAAGAGAUAACAUCAAUGAACGAAUUCAAGAAUUAUCAACACUUCUUCCCGAACAUCUAUUGGAAAGUGCACCCAGUAGCUCCAAUAUCAACACUUCAAAUAUACAAAAUGGAGGCAAGGCGAUCAAUAAAGGAACGAUUCUAAAACUCUCAGUGGAUCACAUCAAGGAUUUACGCGAAGAAGUUGCACGGUACAAGGAUCGGGUACAAGAAUUGGAAAGAAUGAUUGAAGCUGCUAAAGGUGGAUGUACAGCAGGACAACAACAAUAUAUCAAGGAAGAAUAUCAUCAUCAACAACCUCGUACAACAUCUACUACUUCAUCUGCUAUCAAUGGGAUCGGUGGAGCAGCAUAUAUGAUUAACCAGCCUCCUCCUCCUUCCACUAUGAAGGAUGAUCUUCAUCUUUUUGGAAGUAACUCAUCGACUAUACCAUUGAACAAUACCACUUCUACAACUAAGCCUAACAAUAACAAUAGUAGUAACAACAAUGCCUCCAAUGAACAACAUCACUCAGCUACAAGGCAUGAAAGGGUUGGAUCACUUCAAUUUCAACAACAAUUUGGGAAUUUACAUAUAGCCAGUGAUGAUCCUACUUCACAAUCUUGAAUUUUGGGGGUCCUUCUUUAUUUAUAUUAGUUUAUCCUUCCUUCCACUUUCUAUUCUCCUUUCUUUUUUGAUAUCUAUGUUUUAUGACUGUAAUUACACUUUCUUUUUUU